AUGGAUUAGCAAUUAUCUGGUGUGCUCUUGUCAAGAGACAAAUGGAAACCUGAGAGUAAAGUGACCAAGUGUGAACAUUGUGACAGACAAUUCUAUUAUUUGUUCAGAGCCAAACAUCAUUGUAGAAAAUGUGGAUUGGUCUUUUGUUCAGAGUAAAAAUCCUAUAUAUAUUAUGGAAUAGUUGUAGUAGCAAUUUUAUAGAUGGAGUUCAUUUCGUAUAAAACACGGAGAAGAAAGUAAGAUUGUGUGGAGUUUGUUAUGAUUAAGUAUUAAAAUUGUUGAAAGCAUAAGGAUACAAAUUAGAAAACACCUUUGAAACCAGAGUAGUCAGUGUCUCUAUUGACAAGGGGUAAUUGAAUUUGUCAAGAAGGGAAUCCAUACAUAAAUAGGAUGAUCAAUCUUAUACUAUCUCCAGAUCACAAACCACUCAAGUGACUGAAGAUUAGGAGGAUAAUAUGAACAAUGAUCAAGAAUUCAAUCCUGAAAUUGUUUAGGUGAGUAUACAAAGUUAUUUCCCACCAGAAGAGUAGAACAAAAAUAAGGAAUCAGAAUUAUUGAAAUCCUAAUUAUCACUUCUCAAAGAAAAAUGUUAUUCAUAAAUGGAAAAUAUUUGUGAUCAUAGUUUAAAGAUCUUUAUUCAACCUCAAAGAAAUCAUGAUAAUCAUUUUGAUAGUCUCAAAGCAACUACAUUUGAAUUUGUUAAAAGAGCAGUUGAAGACAUCUAAUUUUCAUCUCUAAAUUCUGAUCCUCUAGAUAUCACCUGCUAUGUAAAAACUAAAUUAUUGCCAUACAAAGAUUACUCACUAACUUGUUACUUUCCAGGCAUUGUCAUUAGAAAGAACAUAGCACUGAAAAGAAUGCAAACUGAACUCUAUAAACCUCGCAUUUUGAUUAUUCAUGGAAAUCUGGAUUUCAUUGAAGAAACUCAACAAUUUGAUGAUUUUAUUUCUAAAGAAAAAAAAGUACUCUAAGAUUACAUAGAGAAAAUCAAAGAGAACUUCAGACCUACCAUUAUUAUCGUUGAGAAAUCAGUCAGUAAAGUAGCAUUAGAUAUUUGUUGUAAAUAUAACAUCACAGUUGUUUAAAAUGUGAAAAUCCAUUAAUUAAGAAAAAUAGCCAAAUGCACAGGCUCUAAGUUUGUGCGUCUAGAUAAAUUAGAUGGCUACAUACAAAAAGAAACAUAAGUAACUGGUAAUUGUGAAAAGAUCUUCUUUCGUAAUUUUCCACGACCUACACUUGAUAAACAAUAAGAUGCAGCUGGAAAAGAUAAUACAUUGAUGUUCAUUGAAACAAAGGAUGGCAAAAAUGGAGUUACCAUUAUGUUAUCAGGACCAUAGGAAGAUUUAUUAUAAAAAUUGAAAUAGUGCAUAGUUGGUUGCAUGAGAUUAGGCAAACAUUUUGAUGUGGAGAGACACAUCCUACUUUGUGAAUAAAAAUUAAGAUAAAAUAAACAAUUCAAUUUUUGUGUGGGUGAUUUUACAAAGUUCUUAUUUGAGAAGGUUAAUCUGAAAGAAGUCAUCAAACCAGAUCUAGCUUAUGUAAAAAUUAAUUAUGCUAGAGCAGACAUUCAUAAUUUUAAUGAUAUCAAAGAUAUGAAUGCCCUAUUGGCUUAUCAAAAAGAGUUUCCACCUCAGAAAGACAAGGUGGUUGACUUUUUUGCCGAUAUGUGCAAUAUGCCAACUGAGAAACCCAAGGCUUAUUAUCAUUCAAAUGAUGAUAUGUCCAUUGGAGCAUUUAUCAUUCUAAAAGUUGCUAACCUACAAUUCAGAUGUGAAUAUUGUAAAUUCCCAAGAAAUAGUCACGUUUCCAUAUAUUAUAAUGCUGGCAGAUAUGUGAAAUUCAGUGUGGAUGGAUAAAUGAAUCAAAUAAAGUAGAUAGUGUUGCAAAAGGAAUAAUCAUAAAUCUAGUAGAGUGAUGAGAAUAGGACCUUCCUCUUGAAAGAUUUACCAAGCAUAAUCAAGUAGAAUCAUUCAAAUGAAAAGAUAUAAAUUGAAACCUACUUCGAAUGCAAUCUCUGCAUGCAACUAUUGUCAGACAGAGUAAUCUUGAGUUAGAAGUAUUUGGAGUAUUCUUUUUUACGAUUCUUGCAAUAAUUAUUCCUCACUCAAAACAUUACUGCCAAUCAUUAUCAGAAUACAUCAUCCUGCAAUCAUAAUCAAGUGUAAAGAGUCUAUUCUUAUUAUGGGUAUUAGAUGAAGGUCAUGGUGGGAGAAUUUGAUGUCUAUCAAACUACCUUAUUGAAUUUCUCUGAUACUUCAUUGAAUGAUUAUCUAAAGAGUUGGGAGUAAGGUUACAUCAGACAACUCAAAGAUGAGUUGAUGAAUAAAUUGAAUACAUUUGGAAUUACAUUGAUCAAUCUCAUACCCAAAUCAUUAGCCAAGGGAGAGAUUGAUUUAUUGAUUAAAUCAAUUAAAUAACUAAAGGAGGAAUGCGAGAAGAUCCUGGCUGAAACACAAUAUACAUCACUCUUUUAGGUACUCAAACAAUCCCAAGACUUUGGACUCUAAUAUAAGAAUAUCAUGCAAAGUAUUUAGGAGCAUAAGAAGAAGAAAGAAUUGAAUCCAGAUUUCAGAAACAUUAUACAGAAUGCAACUGUUAAUUUAAAGAAUUAAGAUUCAAUCCUAACGACCAACAAUAAUCUGAUCAAAACAACCUAUGAAUUAGAGAAAGUAGAUUCUGGUAAUAAUUUAAACGAAGUCAAGUUGUACCAUUCAAAUUAAGAAUUAGAAGAUCAUUAUCUCCCUUCUUAAUAAAAGGCUUCCAUGCAAGAUUUUGAAGAAUCUAAUCACAGAGCAAGUUCAGGAAAGGCUGAUUUGAGUGAUUUACUUAUACCACCUCAUUACUCCCCUGAAUUAGACACUCAAUAGUCUCCUCUAUUUGUUAGAAACCACAGAAGAAAUGGAUCUGAAAUCCAAAAUAAUUAAGUCCUUAUCACUUUAAUUGAUGCAAAUUAAACAUUACAAUAAUCCAUUCAAAAAACUCAUCAUGAUUCCAAUAAGGAUCUAGAUAGUGUGACCUUAGCUCAAUCUAACAAUUUUAUACCCACUAUUGAAAUCAACAAUUUCCAAAAAGAAUGGAAUAUAAGUUCAUUCCUUGCAGAAUAGUAAAAGUUGAUUAAGUCUCAGAUGAUUUAUGUAAAGAUGUUCUUUAUUUUAGGAAUUUGUUCCGAUCUAUGAAAAUCAACCCCUAUCCUACUUAUCAUUUGCACUCAAUCAUCCUAAAUAUAUCAAUGAAAUUUAUCAAAAAGAAAGUAAUUACUUUCAUUAUAAAUUAAGAUUUUGGAAUGAUAGAAUCUACACAAAAAUCAACUGAGUAGGCUAAACUGUUCUUCUAAUAAUUAUUAUACCCAAAGGAACAGAAAUAAGAAGUCGAAAACAUUAGAUACAUGAGUGUUGAUUUAGGUAAUAAUAAUUUAAAUCAAUAAUAAAUAUAUUAGAAAUAAGAUAAUAGGGACAUUUUCAUUUUAAAAAUCAAUUACGAUGUAGAAAAAAAGAAUGAGAGAUCAAAUACUCUCAUAUUACAAUAAUAAUAAUAAUAAUAAUAAUAAUAAUAAUAAUAACAAUAUCAAGUCAAUUUAUCCUAUCAAUUUGAUGAUGCACAAUAAGAAAAGUCAUUGCCAUUAAAUAAUCAAUAGCAAUUCGUGCCAACCACUCAGGUUCGAAAAACAAAGUGGAUUGAAGUGUUAAUCUAUUUCCCCACUUAAUUCGAAGCUCUAAGAUUAUUAGCAGGAAUCACUUUAGCACAAUUCAUCAAAUCCAUCUCAUCUACGAAUAUUUGGAGUGCUUCCGGAGGUAAGUCUCAGUCCAAAUUCUACAAAUCCAAUGAUGAGCUAUUUGUAUUCAAAAAAUUAGAAUAAGACAAAGAAUUCUUGAUGUUUAAAUAAUUUGCACUAGAUUAUUUCAAACACAUGUACAGACACUUUUAUGAAUCCAAACCUUCUCUCUUAAGUAAAAUCUUUGGAAUGUUCGAAAUCAGAGACAGAGGACAAACUGAAUACUUCUUAGUAAUGGAAAACCUAUAUUUCGGAAUGGGGGAUCCAUCUAAUUUGUUGGUCUAUGAUCUUAAAGGAAGUGAAACCAACAGACUGGAAAAGAAGAAGAAAGGAGUCCUUCUGGAUACUAAUUUCAGAAUUGAUAGAAAUUCUGAACCUAUUCCUAUUCUCAAGGAAAAUUACAGAUACAAUGACAGAGCAUUCUAAGUAUUCCUUUAAUCUUAUAGUAGAUCGAUUGCAAAUUCCUCAAUAAACAAAAUGUUAUUGACUAUUCAUUGUUGUUGAUCAUUGACUAAAAGUAAAAGAAACUCAGAAUGGGUAUUAUUGAUUAUUUAAGAUUCUACACUUGGGAUAAGGAAACUGAACAUUAUUUAAAGUAUUUAUUAAAAGGAGGAAUGGUAUCAUAUUAAUUUAAAUCCUUAUUUACAGGUACCUACCAUUGUUAAUCCAGGAGAUUAUAAAAAGAGGUUCAUUAAUGCAAUAUUAAAAUAUUUUAUACCAGUGUGA